ACUCUCAAACAACAGCACUACGAUCGAUCGAGUCGACAGCCAGCAGUGAGAGAAGAAACAGCUUCAACAAUCAACGCCACAGAUAAUAAGAUCAGUUGAGAUGACAUCAUACAACGUGAUGAAGCUAUCGAUCUUUUCGAUUUUGUUGAUAUAUUCCGUGUCUGUGGUGCAUUCCCAAAAGGAAUUGUCCAAAAUUCCCGAAAUCGAUGCCUAUAAACUGCAGUGCAUUGAAGCCAGUGGAAUCACUGAGUCAUCGUCGAAGAAAUUACGCGACGAAGACACUAUACCCAAUCCCGAUCAGUCGACCAAGUGCUACGUCCAAUGUUUCUUCUCGAAACUGCGAAUGAUGAACGAGAAAGGUGUGGUGCAGAAGGACAAAGUGGUUGCGGUUUUGACCAAACUGAUGGAAGCGGACAAAGCUAAGAAGCUGGCGGACAAAUGCGACUUGCGAAGAACGAACCCAUGCGAUACGGCCUACGCUAUGUUCGAUUGCUACCGACAGAACAGAGCAAAGCUGCUCUGAGUGGGAGUUCGUUAUUGUAGCUCAUAGGGCAGGAGUGCUGUUAUUACUACCUGCGUCAUUCCUAGUGAUAUUAUCAGCACUGCUCCGGAAUACUAAGUGCGUUCAAGUAGAUAAUGCUUGGUUGAUGAGGUUUAUGUAACGCAUUUCGAUUAUAUUUGUAUUAAAGAACAAUUUGUUAC